AUGUCGAUUUUUCGAGCGAAACUGGCGGCAAUUCAAAUUCGACUCGCCGGCGAUCGACAGGUGUUCUUCCCAGGCGAUCUAGUGGCUGGAACGAUUACUGUCGAGAUACCCGACGGAUUCAAAGCGAGAAAAUUGACGACAAGAUUGGUUGGAAAAGCAUACACUUAUUGGGAAGGUGAUGCCAGAAAUAAUACAAAAAUAAAGAACAAUGUAAUUGUUCGCGUUCGCCAUAACACCGCCGAUCAUCACGCGAAAAUGAUCUACGUGAAAGCCGAAACAGCAACGUGGAAAAAUGAAAAUUCUCGACACGAAUGGUCCACGGGGACUUACAACUAUCCGUUUUCGUUUCAGCUUCCGUUGAAAUGCCCACCAAGUUUUGAAGGAGAACUUGGUUACAUCCGCUAUUUCAUCAAAGUUGUCAUUGAUCGGCCAUGGAAAUUCGAUGACAAGCUCGCCAAAUGUUUCACAGUCCUUCCGGUCGUUGAUUUAUCAGCCGUUCGAAAUGCGAAAGUAGAUUCGCGACGGCACAUUUGCGAACGAGUUGGUUCAUUCUGGUGGAACAGGGGUGUUGUCAAAUUGGAGUUGAAACUAACCAAGCAGGGAUUUGUGCCGGGAGAGGAGAUGGAGUGCGAGAUAACUGUGGAUAAUAACAGCAAGACAAAUUUUAAUAAGCUCCAACUUUGUCUCAUUCAAUCUGUAACUUACACGGGAUUUCGCGAUGGAUUUCAAGGAUCGAAAUGCGAGAAAAACAGCUCGCAGGUUUUGGUGUCGACCCGCUUGAAUUCACAGAUGAGAGUGGACGACCGAACAUUUUUCGAUGAGACAAUCGAUGCAAAUGUUCAAUCAAAUUCAAAAGAGCAAAUUGUGAAGAAUAUUUUGAUUCCGGCGCUCUGUCCUUCGAUUAAGUGUUGCGACUUAAUUGAGGUCGAUUACAAGCUGAAAUUAAAAUUGAAGCCUUCUGGUAACUUCGCCAACAGUAUUAAAUUGGAGGCGCCUUUCAUUAUUGGAACACUGCCAACGGAGAAAAUCGACAAGAAAUUUGAGUACAAAAAAUCAGUGUUUGGCUAUAACGGAACACGUUUGAGGACCAAGAAUUUUCAAAAAUUCGCGCCAAUGUAUCCAAGUCGUACGGCUACACGAAAUGAAAAUCGAAAAACCGCGGCAUUUGCGAUAUUUGUUGGCCUCAUUCGCCUAUUCAAACUUUCGUGCGAAGUUUUCGCCAUUGAAGGCUCGGCAACUAAUCUGAAAUGUCUACUGACGUGCGCGAAGAACUUGUCCGAAUGGUUCGAACAGGUUUUCACAAGAUUACCGCCAACAAAUUUAAUGGAACAUUUUGAAGAAUAUCUUGUCACGAAACAGUUAACUACGAGAGAUGUUGCGGUUAAUUCCAUUCCGGGUGCAAUGAUCAAUGAAAUUCAAAAAGCUCGCUAUAAUCAUCAUUUGGAUGUCAAGAAAGCUUGUCAGGAGCAAAAAGCUUUCCGUGAAUCAUUUUUACGGUCUCAAACCGACUUUGAUAUUGAUUUUGAGGACGGCGAUGUGGAGGAUGACACAAAGCUAUUAUCGAUUGAAGAGGCGGUUUUAAUUAUUCAGAAGCUUGAAAGAAAAUAUCAGGCGAUCUCGCGAAGAAACUACGUUAGAUUUGUAAGGGAGGGAGCCGCUGAGUUUCAUGGAGUCAAAACUGAAAUCGACGCAACUCAAGCGGCCAUUCGAAUUCAAGCGCGGACUCGCGGCUAUUUUGCGAGAAAAUAUGUUCGCGAAAUGCGCGAUAAGGAGCUCAAAAUUCUCAACAUGAAGCCGGAAAGUCUCAUCGAGGCGAAAUGCAACGAACGAAGCGAGCGACGAGUGGUUCUAAAUUGGCAAAGUAAUGCGAAACCGAUUGGCACAUUCCCAAAUGAUUUGGAAGAUGCCAUCGAAAUGAUGAGAAAUGCGUUCUACGUGGCUCUUGAUGACGACGAGGAGAAGCAGAUUGUGCAGGCGGAGACGGAAAAAACCGACACGUUGUACCUCGAUGCGUGCUAUCGUGGAAUCGUCGCCUCGUUGGGACAAUUUGGUCUCGCCGAACUAAUUUCGCAAAAGGAACGCGUUAAAAUUGAUGGGCGAUGCCUAAUUUUUGAUAUUGUUUCAUUUGUGACCAUCACACUCGCUAUUCCACUAGCUUUAUCUACAUGGAAGCCAAUGAAGCCUAGAUGGAUGCUUUUAAUUGGAGGGCCUGGAUCAGGAAGGCGAUCCAUAAUUAAGGCGGUUUCAAACGCAACAUUCCAUACACACAUUCAUAUUUCUAAAAAUGCUGUGACUAUGGGAAAACGGAAAAUCUACACGACGGCCCGGAAACUAGCGAAAUAUGAAAAACGAUUAUUGAUUAGUAUCGAUAAAAUCGAUAUUUUGAAAAUUGAUAAAAAGACGAAAGCAUUGAAUCAUCGUCAGCUGUUAUUAACAAAUUUCCUAGCAGAUAUUUCACACACCUCAGCUACUGUAGUAGGGAUGAGUAGGACCGAUGAGUUGCAGCAGGCAGUCCACAACUACUUCCAGCUCCAAGUUUAUAUAUCUCAACCUCGAGAUGAUACGAGAUAUGAUUUAGCCGCCAACUGUUUAAGUCGAAAUUUGGAGCAGGAUCGACUGGCAAAAGUGCCGCAACGGAUAUUCGACAUUGAGAAGCAAACGCAAGGGCUCUCAUAUGGAAAAGCGGUGAAAUUUGUGACAAAUCGAUGGAGUGCCGCCAAUGCCACGAAAACCAAUCAAUCGAUAUGA